GUGGGUGGCAGCAGCAGCAGAAGCGACCUCCAGGCCGCUCUCCGGCCGUCACGAACCCACAGGUAUGCCUUGUGGGUCUCGGCAGCUCCAAUGGCUUUCCUGUCCAGGUUCUCCAGGAAUGGCACCAGGUCACCGAGCCGAAGCUCGCGGGAAGAGCGCAACAACCACCCCAUCCUCAGCGUCUUCGAGCUCGAAAGGCUGCUGUACACGGGAAAGACAGCCUGUAACCAUGCUGAUGAGGUCUGGCCAGGACUCUACCUGGGUGAUCAAGAUAUAGCAGCCAACCGGCGCGAGCUGGCUCACCUGCGCAUCACCCACGUCCUCAACGCCUCGCACAGCAAGUGGAGGGGGGGUGCCGAGUACUACGAGGGCACGGGCAUCCGCUACCUGGGCAUCGAGGCCCACGACUCACCUUCCUUCGACAUGAGCCCCUACUUUUAUCCUGCAGCUGACUUCAUCCACCAAGCGCUGAAUGAAGGAAGGAUCCUUGUGCACUGUGCUGUCGGGGUGAGCAGGUCGGCCACCUUGGUCCUCGCCUACCUCAUGAUCCGCCACCACAUGCCCCUUGUAGAAGCCAUAAAGACGGUCAAGGACCACCGUGGUAUCAUCCCCAACCGGGGUUUCUUGCGCCAGCUGGUCGCCCUGGACAAUGCCCUGAGGCUGAAGAGGAGUUCGUGAAGGAGGACAGAGGGGGUGUGUGGUGGGACCGUCGUGUGUGUGGUGCUCACCCGACCCCGAUGCCCGCUGAGUGGCAGAGAUAGGGCUUUCCUCACGGUACGGACGCUUGGCAGCUAACGGGUUACAUGCAGCUGGCCCCUGGGUCUCCCCCUGAGCUAAGGGGGUUCCCAGGGGCUGUUCCUAGUGGUAAAGCAUAGGCCCUCAACCUGCAAUCUUGCCACCUAGGUAGGCUUAAUGUGUAGCCUCCUUCCCAGCCUGCUCGUUCUGAGAUGCCUCUGGAGGGACUCAGCCCCAUGUUCCAGGUUACUCUAUCCCUGUUGGCUCCAGGAAGCCCUGUUGGCUCCAGGAAGCCCUCAAGGCUCCGUUCUUCCACGUGGCUGAUGCAUUUCCCAAGCCAGUCCUGUCCCUCCCUCCCAGGAGACUGAAGCUCUGUGUGCUCCUCGUCUUGUUUCCCAUUCGUUUUUAGUCUGCGUAGCAAUGUGAAUUCGGACUGGUGUGUGGGCUCAGGCAAACAGGCCUUUUGUCGUAGCGUUUGGAUGUCCUCCACGCCUAGUGUUAACCUGUAAAAAUAAAAGACAGUGCUAAGG